UGCUUGUACGUUUUUGUGGCUAUACGGUUCAUUUAAGCUGUGGUCAGCACCAGAGUUGGGCAGCAAGUCCAUGUUUGACAGUCGCAGCUGAUCUAGACCUCUGGCACCAGAACAACCAACCCUCCCACUUCAGUUUCUAAUAGACUUGCAUAAGUGUUUAAGGGAUCUUUGACACAUCAUGAAGAAGUUUUUUGACUCCCGGAGGGAGCUGGUGGGCUCUGGACCUGGUUCUGGAGGGGGAGCUGGAGGUUCUGGAUCCAGCAGUGGUGCUGGUGGGAAUUUCAUCGGUCGGGCUUUCACUGUCGGGAGACACCAGGUCACUGUAGAAGAAACUUUGGCAGAAGGCGGCUUUGCAAUCGUCUUCUUAGUGCGGACUAAUCAGGGGGUGCGCUGCGCACUAAAGAGGAUGUAUGUCAACAACGAAUACGACCUGCAGGUCUGCAAGCGCGAGAUCCAGAUCAUGCGGGAUCUCAACGGUCACAAGAACAUUGUUGGGUUCCUGGACUCCAGCAUCACGGCUGUAGGAGGUGGAGACGUGUGGGAGGUGUUUAUCCUCAUGGACUUCUGCAGAGGUGGUCAGGUGGUGAACCUAAUGAACCAGCGUUUGCAGACGGGCUUCAGCGAACAGGAAGCGCUCCAGAUCUUCUGUGACACGUGUGAGGCUGUGGCACGUCUGCACCAGUUCAAAACUCCCAUAAUCCACCGAGACCUCAAGGUGGAAAACAUCCUGCUUCAUGACAGAGGACACUAUGUUCUGUGUGAUUUUGGCAGCGCCACCAUGAAGUUCCAGAACCCCCAGAGUGAAGGAGUGACUGUGGUGGAGGACGAAAUUAAAAAGUACACAACCCUGUCCUAUCGCGCUCCUGAAAUGGUGAACCUGUACAACAGCAAAAUCAUCACCACUAAAGCAGAUAUCUGGGCAAUGGGCUGUCUGCUCUAUAAAAUCUGUUUCUUCACAUUGCCCUUUGGUGAGAGUCAGGUGGCCAUUUGUGAUGGCAACUUCACCAUUCCAGACAAUUCCCGCUACUCACAGGACAUGCACCGUCUCAUCCGGUACAUGCUGGAACCAGACCCUGAAAAGAGGCCUGACAUUUAUCAGGUGUCCUAUUUUGCUUUCAAACUGGGCCGGCGGGACUGCCCUGUCCAAAACGUCAAGAAUUCUCCCAUUCCUGCUAAACUUCCUGAGCCAAUCAGAGCGAGCGAAGCAGCCGCGAAGAAGAGCCAAACGCAGACUAAGGCGAGACUUACAGACCCCAUUCCCACCACUGAAACUUCCAUCACCCCACGCCAGCGGCCCAAAGCAGCACAAUCCCAGUCUCAGGCACUAGGAGGCAUCCUGCCCAUCCAGCCUGCUGCCCUGACGCCACGCAAGAGAGCCAACUUACCCGCCGGAGCCGCCCAGCCAAUAGCUGUCAGUGUGAACUUGGCUCAGCCAGCGGCAGCUCUUCAGUCUCAAAAAGCCCUGGCAUCUCCAGCCCCUCAGCAUAAAACGCCCGUGCAGCCGAUCUCCAUCACAGCAGCGGCUGCAGCAGGAGGAGGGGGCGUUCCAGUAGCAGCGGGUAACCCUGCGCCUCCGAAAGCUGUAGCCACUCCUCCUCCAUCCAGUCCUGCGCCGCCCACCGCACCGGCACGGAGCGCCCGUCGUAAGCAGGCGCCAGUGGCUCAGCAGCAGCCCAUGCCCGUCCAGCCCACUACCACUCAGCCGGCUAGUGCCCCGCUUCCAGCACAGGCAGAGCCCACUGUCCAGCAGCCAGCGCCUCAAUCCCAGAUCAGCCCAGAGAACGCAGAGGAGAGGCCUGUGGUCCCUGGCCUGUCUCAGACUCCUCCAUCGUCCCCGAGGACGGCCCAGAAGGCGGGGCACAGGCGCAUCCAGAGUGAUGUCACACACAGUGCUAUGUUCGGAGUGCCGGUCAGCCAGUCCACUCAGCAGCUGCAGGCGGCCACAGCAGAAGCCAGCCUUAAUAAGUCAAAGUCAGCCAGUGCCACCCCUUCCAACUCUCCCCAGUCCUCCCAGCAGAGUGUGUACCAGCCUGCCCAGCAAGGCAGCGUUUCUGUCCCCCAAGCUCCUGCUUCAGCCGCUAGCCUGACAAGCCCCCCGGUCCAGCCUACCUGGAAUCCCUUCGGAGACGACAAUUUCUCCAAACUCACGGCUGAGGACCUGCUCAACAAAGACUUCACCAAGCUAGCUGAUGAACCUGUUGAACCUCUGAUUGCUGCUACUGAGAGUCUUAUUCCCGACCUGGAGGCUGCAGAACCUGCUCCUCCACCACCUCCCGGUAGACCUACUGACAUUCUGGGCUUGGAACCGGGAGCUGGUUUUCUAGCUGUGCCAGAGAAGCUGAUAGAGGGCCUGAAGUCUCCAGAUACCUCUCUCAUGCUGCCUGAUCUGCUGUCCAUGGCCGACCCCUUCGGCAGCUCCAUGGACGACACCAGAGGUGUCAAAACAGACGUGUGUUUGGACUCUCUGAUUCCUGGCUUGGAGCCCCCUCAGGCUCACCUGCAUCCUGUGGAGGCUGAACCAAUAUUAUCAGCACUGGCAGACCCUUUGAUUGGUGAGGACUCCCUGCUUGGCUGUUCACUCCCCUCUGGCUCCGCCUCCUGUCUGGAUGACUUUGCAGCUGUCUCAGGAGGCAUCUCCCAGAACAUACCCGCUGCAGACUCCUGUUUGAUCUCAGGCUUUGAGCCUCCGGGCGCUGAGACAGCCAAUGAAGAUGAAUUUGACCCCAUACCAGUAUUGGUCUCCAAGAACUCCCAAGGAGGUCACUCUCGCAGUAACAGUGGCAGUUCUGAGUCCAGCCUGCCCAACCUGGCCCGUUCCCUGCUGUUGGUGGACCAGCUCAUCGACCUCUAGACCCUACAGAUAACUCCUGCUGUGCUGAAGAUGACGUCAACCGCUGUAGUCUUCUGCCUUUAACCAUGAAUCCCUCCUGCUAUCAUUUGUCCUAUCCUCCACCCUCUAUCAUGGUCCAUUUCCUUGUUUAAUCAGUCCUUCAUCUUUCCAUUCUUCCUGCUCGUCACAUCUUACGUUUUAAGUUCUUUCCCUUUCACUUUAUUCCUUCAGUUCUUGUCGUCAUCAGCACCAUCGCUCAUUUGAUUUGACGAACUCAACAUUCCUACCCUGCACCAUGCCAUUUCUCUCCCCGAUGAGUUUACGUUCAACUUUUUUCAUUCGAGUCUAGUGCGACCUUUUUCCACAGGCUCAAAAUCCGAUUUCCUCUGGCAUCCAUAUCUGUGCUUCCUUUGGACACGCAUUUCAUCUGCCUCGCAUUCAAGAGUGCAAGCUUCAAACAUCAGAUGUUUGCCCAAUCCUUCUUCUCUUCGGUCUUUAUCUGUGUAUUCAAUGGCACUCAGGAAGCUCGUCUCCAGAUUAAACACACAUGGGUUUUAGUACAAGCGAACCAAAUGUUUACAGACAGGAAUAUUUUAGCUGGAUGUUUACAGAUCUGCAGGUAGGCAAACACAGCUUGUAAGAAUUUAUCUUCAUCCAGACUGAGCGCAGGGUACGAACAGAUCUUAACACUUCGUGUAAAGCUGACCAGAAACUCCUCAUUGCCAUCAGUGGUACCCGUUUUCACCAUCUCAUGACCUCCAGACCAUCAUUUCUCUGUUAUUUCUUUGUAAAUAGCUCUAUUGAUGUUGUACGUUGGCUCGAAGCUAUGUAAAUUGAUGUAUAUCUGCAGUAUUCGACUCUCCCGCCCUCGAAAGUGAUUUGUUCUUCCUGUGUAUAAAGCAUCUGGUCCAAAUGUCCAGCCAUUCCUUCAGAGAUCCCUGUCUCACCCCAUAAUAUACAUGGAGAAUCAUUUAAAAAGAACUAUUUCAUAUAAGAUUAAAAUUAUAUGUGAAUAUGAAUAGAGUGUUAGAGAAUGAAUGUAUGAAUCAAGUAUCCAUAUAUAAAUGCAGAUAUGUGUAUAUGAAACCUAUUUAAGAGGAAACUUUUAUCUCUUUGUUCUGUGUGUUGAGACGUGUUUGCGAAUGUAAAUUUGUCGGUUUCAUCUUCAACGGCCAUCGCUGAACAAAGUCAAUUAAGAAAAGAGGACAAUCUCGAGGCAUCGUGACAUGGUUUGACGCCAUUUGCGAGCAAAUCGGCUGGAUUUGUUUUUCGGUUUUCAUUGCCUUUUAUUCUGAAGACAUUUAUCAACAAAAACAGGUUGUAGUCUCGAGGAAAAUCCUCAACGCUGUACGUAUACCAUUUCCUCCUCCGAACUACCGCCCGAUGCCAUGCUUUCUUGCACAGUUCUUAUGAAUCAAACGCAUAUCGAAGCAUGGCAGCUAUUAUGAAUAUGAAGUUAAGACAUGUCUGUGGCCAAUCUUCAUAUCAGUACUGUACGUAUGUGUGCGUGUAUGUGUGGACGUGAGGUAAAUAAAUAGCUAGUCUUAGUUGUU